CGGGGUGAAACAACCAGCCACCAUAAGUAAAGCGAAGCAGACUGAGGCUCCUCUGGCCCAAGAGAAGUGGAUCAGAGAGAGCGAGGAUAAAGAAUCCUUCAUAGGAGAUGAAGGUAUGUAUGCCAAGCAUUCUGUUUCUUUUACACCCCCACACCACAAACAAUAAUAAUAAGUGGCGGCCUUUCCCCUUUUACGGUCUUAUUUGUAUACCGUAGGUGGCUGGGGGAGAGGUGGCCACAAUGGUGGUUAAUGCUGGGAUCCAGUAGAUAAGGAAUUAAGGCUUAUAAUAUAAAUAAAGAAUGCAAGGCAUACAUUUCAAUAUAAUCAGACAUCUUUACUAACAGAAAUCAUAGAUGGCGCUACUGGUAUCAGAAGCUGCGAGAUAUUCUUUUUUACGAAUAUAUGUUUGAAGUGUUUUCUUACGAAGUCUGGUUCGGCAUUCAUUUAGGCUCGUUUAAAUAAAGAGGCUGGCAUUUAUAUUUAUUAAUUGAAGAUAAUUUGAGUAAAUAAGUCACAUUUUUAUUUCGCGUAACAAGCGGAAUAUCAAUUGUACGGAAUGUACGGAGUACCAACUUGAAGAAAUUGCAUAUGGUGACCGGAAACAGGACAACUACGUUUCCGUCGAGGUUGUAUUUAUGAUUUAUUUUACAAUUAGAGUAUAGUUGUAAAUUAUCAAGAAGAGUAUGGAGAGAUAAAAAUAAAAAUAAUUGCAGCAUUUGUCUGUAUCUAUUAAGUAUGAUAUUUAUUAAUUUAUUAUUAAGAGAAAUACCAUUGAGUAAUAGUGCCUUCGAGUUACCAACAUAAUAGCAAGAAUAGGCUACGCAAGGUGUCUAGUAAUGGCGGAAGAUGAGAGCAGGUGUUGCUACACUAAGAAGAUUACCCACAAAAUCAGCGGAAGGGUACGGAUUGUCGGAAUUAUCAAGAUAACUAAAGAAGAUGAAGAAAUCGGUUACUAAACGGAUUCGACUUGGAAAAUUUAUGCGAGAACUGAUUUUCCAAUUAGACGGUUAGACAAUUAAGUUAUAACAAGCUGUGCCUAGAUAUAAGUAGGUAAUUUAUUUAAUUUUGUGACAUAUUAACUGUUAACUUGUUGAAAGAUUGGCUGAUUUAUAGGAAUAUAAUAAGAAGAGAAAUACUAGUCGUAAUAACUAAUAAGUAUCUUAUAGGAAAUAUGCGCGUAGUAAAGACGGGUUUGUACACUCUAUAUUUUACCUCGCAUGUUUUCUUUUUACUUUAGAAUUAUAAAUUUAGUUUUAAAAAUUCAAGUGUAUGGCUAUUUAUAAGGAAUAAACACAAAUAUUGCGAAAAUUACCGAUAAGGGUCCGAAAUUCGUUUCACAGUUUAUAGAAAUUUUGGGGGAAUUUAUGUUGACUUUGGCAACAUUGAAAGUUGUACAGUACUCGUCCCACCAUUUUAAAUCGUUGGCGGAAGGUCACCGAACAGUUGCGAGUUCCCCAGGAAGGUUCCUUAAAUUACACAGGUACAGUGAACUCGCCUCCGUCAACCACACCGGACGAGACAAAAUUUUCAUCGGAAUUGACGAAAACCCCGGAUAAGACUGCUUAAUACCUGGAAUAGACUACUUAUCGGCUUAGACAAGACUACGGUCUAGACAAAUACCAGAAUGGACGACAUUCUUUUAGCAAGGCUUAGGCUCAUUAACGACAAACUCACAACGGACUUAGAAGUAAUUCCGGUUACUGUUAAUUUAGAAAAUUUAGCGCAGGCUCAGAUUACCUACGGUAAAUUAGAAGCAUCACUGAAAAGACUUAACGGAGACCUGACGGAGUACUUUAGGCUGGCUUCGACACCCGCAUCUGAUGAAAUCUGCUUGAUAAGUGAACUUCAACUUCAAGCAGAAGAGACUUUAGCUGAACUUAAGGUGAAGAUCGACCAAAUAUCUACAUCAAGCAAACCAUCAGAGAAGCUGACUGAAGCGAACUCCUCGUGCAGACUUCCUAAGCUUCAGCUGCCGGUGUAUAAUGGGGAUGUACUGGCGUGGUAUGAAUUUUGGGAUGCCUUCAGAAGCAACAUCGAUGCAAGGAACCUGCCGGAAGUGGACAAGCUUUCGUAUCUUAAGACUUCAGUCACGGAAGAUGCCAAAAGAGCCAUUGACGGUCUAGCGACUACUAGCACCAACUAUGCUAUUGCGGUUUCAAUACUGAAGGAAAGGUUCGGGAAAACUUCACAUCUCGUAGAUGCGCAUUAUGCCACAUUAUAUAAAAUUAAGAUGGCCAAAGGCAAUGCAGAUGAUUGCAGAAGGACUUUCAACGAAAUUGAAAGGAACCUUAAGAUUUUGGAAUCACUAGGUGAGAACACUAAUCAUAAUCACCUGCGCUUCAUGCUACUAGAGAAGUUUCCUUCUGAUCUAGUAUAUGAGAUAAAACUUAAAGUUAAGGAUGAUUCCAUUCAAGAACUGAGAAGCCAACUGGACAAAAUAAUCACUGCCAAGGAGGAUGCGGAGAGGAUAUCGAGUAGGAAACGCCCUCUGGACUCGGAAGCUAGUACGGUCGGGAUUCUUCAUGUGAAUGCGAAACGCGCGAGAUACGCAAGUCAGUCCCAACUACAUCACAGUAAUCAGAAUAAACAAAACCAGCAGGGAGGCUUCGAUAAGAGACCGGUACAGAAGAAGUUCAAAGGUUUCAAGAAAAAUAACAAUAGAGACAACAGACCAGACCAAACUCCAACUUCAAGAAAGGGUGUGACCGAAUCUCUUCAAGACCAAAGCUCUUCAGGUAUUAAGAAAGGAUUGGUGUGUGUAUUUUGCAGCGGCGAUCAUUAUAAUGACCAAUGUAAAGAAGCUUCUACGUUGAGAGAAAGAAAGAAGCGUCUCUUCAGACGAUGCUUCAUCUGUUUCAAGCAGGAUCACUUGGCAAAGGACUGUAAGAGUAAGAAAAAAUGCGCUCGCUGCCAUAGUGAAGUACUGCAUAAUAGAGCAUUAUGUCCUUCAAAUUUUCAGAAGGAUACAACGGAGAAGAAACAGUCCUGA